GCGGCCGGUUGCUAUGGAGACCACCACUCUAAAGGAUUCGCGGUUUCACCCGGAGGGCGGCUCCCCGGAUUAGGCGGAUUAGUAGAUCCCGAUUGAUCUUGCGAAUGGUUCAUAUUCUCUGCGGCUUUAAUUGGAUGUAGUAGAAAGGCCGCUCCUCUGCGCGCUCCCUGGUCGUCUUGCUAUCCGCUGCCGGAGAAGACUGCGUUUGCCGAAUAGUAGAGAAGAUACCGGGAAUGACCGAGUACGACUGGGACAAGAAAUGUGCUUCAGCUUCAAAUUCAGGAACAGAAGUGAAACCUGAACAAGUUCCUCCUUGUGUGAAUCCUGGCAAUCCUGUGUUUUCAUGUAUGUUGGACCCAAAGACACUCUAUACAGCUACCUCACUAUCAAAACCUAAGAUGAUUAUGUAUAAAACCAAUUCAAGUAAUUAUGGUGAAUUUUUACCUAAGCCACAGUUUUUUCCCUGCAAUUAUACUCCAAGAGACCAAGUAUUUUCAAACCAUAUCAGAGCUACUGGAUUUUAUCAAAAUAACUCUCUAAACACUACACCUGAUAGAACCAGAACCCUUGAUUUUCCUAAUUUUCAACGUACUCUAUGAAAAUAUUUUCCUUUGCAUAUUUAGGAGAAAAUUACUCAGGAAAAGUGCAUUUUAAAUCUAAGACUAGAAUACCAAACUUGAAAUAUAAAAGUAUUUGAAUUAGUUAAAAAAAUACUUUAAGAAAUAAAACAUUUCAACUGAUACCUGAAUAACAGUGACUUCUUAAAUAAAAAUGUGUUCAAAAUAGAAUAAAAAGAGACAUGUUUUAGUAAAUCUUGGCUUUA